AUUCUGCUGUGGUCAGAGGUCCAGAAGGCGAGCCAAGUCAGUAAAAAGGAAACAAGGGUAGGCUGCUGCUAGAGGCAUCAACUUUAAAGACAGACCAAAGGAAGGUUUGGAGGUGCACAUCUUGUCUGGCAUGCAGUCAUGAAUACCCAUGACGCUCAACACUUAGAGAACAGUGACAAAAAGGUUCAAGAAGGGAUUGAAAAUAUGUCAGCAAGCAAUGCAGAUGAAGAGACAGAGAGUGAUAAUGAAUUUCAGGAUGCUGUUGAGUCUUUGAAUGAGGAUGACAACUGCAUAUCCAGUUUGGUAGAAGUCAAUCCUGGACAAUGUCAAUCAACAGAAAAAGUGGGACAAAAGAAGAAGAGUGGAACUGAAACUAGAGGACAUGUUGAUGUUAAAGGCUCACAGAUGAAUGAUGAAGAUGGAGGAAAAAAGUCUGGAAUCAACAUUGUUUCUUGCCAACCAAGCCAGAAAAGCAAAAUUCUACAACAUUCAUCCACACAACCUCCCACUGUGUCUGGUACCCCUAAUAUCAAUGGAUCAAAAGAAAAGCCAUUAUGCAGUUCUUCUGAAGAAGAAAAACAAAUACUUCUAAAAGAGACUGGAAUGCUGUUUCAAAGGCUUGAACUUCAGGACAAAUUUCAAACAAAGUUGUCACCAGCAGAAUUUCUUCAAAUAGGUCCACCAAUCAAGCAGACCAAUGAAAUUUACGGAAACAAUCUAGCUUAUGCUUUUCUUCAGAGAUUAAUGAUGUUAGAUUAUAGAGCCAGAUACAUCCCUGUUCAACAAAUAACUUUAGAUGUAAGCGAUUCAGAAGCUCUUCAAGUAUCCAAAAGCAGUGACACAGAAAAAGGUGAUUUUGAUGCUCUUUAUAGCACUAACACAGAGUCAGAUCAGUCAAAUAAUAAUAAUAAUCAUGUGCAUCCAAUGGAUGUUCAAAUGGCAGUAUUUCACUGCUCAGACAGCUUCCUUAAACAGAAAAUAAUCACAAAGUUGUCACAGUGUCAGUAUGCUUUACCACUGCUUGUUCCUGAUCCUCACACAACAUAUAUUGAGUGUCCUUUGUGGACAUUCAGACAAAUAACAAAAACAUGGAAAAUAAGCACAAAAAAAGAAAAUGCAACCACUGUCACCAUGAAAAGCAUGCCAAUCUACAAAGCUGACACUCCCAUGGUUUCAUUUUUCCGACUGGGCUCCAUGUCUUUGUCCAAAUCUCAGCUGAUGAAUGACUUGAUCAACGACCGCCACGACACAUUCUUCCACAGAAACUGUAAAGGCAGCACCAAAUCUCGUUAUUUGAUGGAUGGCGUGGCAGAGAUUGCCUGGUACUGCCCUGCUGGAAAAGACAAUGAUUUCUUUACUGACUGCAUUGCCUUCUGUAAUCUUCACGGGGAUUCUCUAGCAAAUGUAAAACAGCGUGAAAUCCUGACUGAAAUGUCAUCAGUCAUUGUUGUUCUUGUGCCAACUCUGGAAAAAUGCCAAGAAAGCAGUGCAGUUAUAGAGACACUGUACAAGUCUUCAAAGCCUCUAAUCAUCCUCAGUGCAGACAAUGACUGUCCUGCAGUUCAGAUGAAACCACAAAAAUACAAACUGGGUCUGAAAGAAAGAAGUCAGUCGGAUGUUUCUGAAGAACUAAAAAAGAUUAUAAAAAGCCUUUUGUCUGGACCCCACACAUCCUUCAGGCUGGAGACUAUGGCCAAAAUCUCUGGGGUCAAAGUGGAUGAAGAUCAGAAAGUCUGCCAGAAUGGGAAAUCUGCGGCAAUGGAAAUAAUUGAAUUGAUUGAAAGGAUGGACAUUGCCAAAAUCAAAGAUACAUUUCUUCCAUGCCAAGGUCAACUUUGGUCCAACUGGUGCAAAAUCAAUAAAGAGUUGCAUCAUCUAAAGGGAGACAUUGAGAAAGAAAAGGGCCAGAAGAGUCAUCAGCUAAUGAAACUACGAGAGAAACAGUGUAAAGUGUCUAAUGUAUCCAAUAGUAAACUGAUGAGGUUGUUCACUCAGAGCCUCAAGAGUUUGCCUCCAAAAGAAAGAGAAUAUUUCUUGACAUGGACUCAGAUCCUUAUAGAUGCCCUCUCCACAGAUGAUCUCUCUUCAAUUCUCCAAAAUUAUGAUGAAACCUGGUCAGAGGUCUUGGUCUUGAAAAAUAAACAUGACAAAUCUGCUCAAUUAAAACACAAACAAACGGAGCUUGAACUGUUGUCACAAAAGCUUCAAUCUGCAACCUUCGGUUUGGAACACAUCUUCAGAGAGAUGGGACAGAUCUAUGAAGCCCAUAAAUCUUUGAAGAAACCAUUGCUGGACAAACAACAUGAUUGGACCAAAUACCCUGAGCUGGCUGCAGAUCUGAUGAUAUCAGGACACCCAAUGGAGUUGAUGGAUGGGGAUGCAGGCCAUGUGCCUUUAAUAUGGAUUUCUAAUCUUUUACAGGAAGUCAUCAAGAAACUUGGUGACCCGAGAGUUUUUGUGCUGUCAGUUCUGGGUGUACAAAGUAGCGGAAAGUCAACGAUGCUGAAUGCCAUGUUUGGCCUGCAGUUUGCAGUCAGUGCUGGGAGGUGCACCAAGGGUGCCUACAUGCAAUUGGUUAAGCUGUCAGAGGAAAUCAAGAAUAAAUACCAGUUUGACUACAUUCUAGUUGUAGACACUGAAGGACUGCGUGCUCUUGAGUUAGCAGAUAAUGCUACCCUUCAUCAUGACUAUGAACUUGCAACAUUUGUUGUUGGUCUGGGAAACAUGACACUGAUCAACAUCUUUGGUGAAAAUCUAGCUGAUAUGCAAGAUGUCCUACAAAUUGUUGUGCAGGCUUUCAUGAGGAUGAAGAAAGUCGAGCUUUCUCCAAGUUGUGUGUUUGUCCAUCAGAAUGUCACAGAUAUUACAGCAGUAGAGAAAAACAUGGAUGGAAAAAGACGUUUGCAGGAAAAACUGGACAAGAUGACUCAACUUGCUGCCAAAGAGGAAGGAUGUGAUGUUGAGUGCUUCAGUGAUGUCAUCGCGUUUGAUGUGCAAGAAGAUGUGAAAUACUUUGCUCAGCUGUGGGAGGGAAGUCCACCAAUGGCUCCUCCAAAUCCAGGUUAUAGUGAGAGCAUCCAAGAACUCAAGUCCAUUAUCUUGUCUAAAGCCAAACAGUCUACUGGAAUCACUCUGUCACAUUUCAGCACCAAAAUUCAAGACCUGUGGAACGCUUUGAUGAAUGAACACUUUGUUUUUAGUUUCAAAAAUACACAGGAAAUUGCAAUUUAUAGAAAACUGGAGGUCCAAUAUGGGAAGUGGACUUGGGCCCUGAGGAGUGAGAUGCUGAAUAUUGAAAACCAACUUUAUCCCAGAAUUGAAAAGGGCCAACUGGACAAAGUUGAACCCAGUUACCUUAAUAAAGAAAUGGCUAAAACAUAUGAAGAAGUAACAAAAAGUAUGACGGCUUACUUUGAAGAUGACAAAGACAAAGAAAUGUUGGUUCAAUGGCGGGGCCGAUUUGAGAACAAAAUCAAAGAAUUUCAUGAGGAACUUGUGAGAGGAGUGAAAAGAAAACUGGAUGAAGUAAUCCAGCAAAAUAAUGCUAGAAAAAUGCUUGACAACAAGAAGACAGAGUUUGAAAACAACCUACUCCAGAAGAGCAAAGAGCUUGCUCAUGAGUCAAAAGCAAUGGGAGAAAAGGAAGAGGACCUGAAAAAACAAUUCAACACUGUUUGGAGUCACUGGGUUAAGGAAUUAACCUCGGAUACAAAACCCAUCGAGAACAUAAGCUUGGAGGAGGAUCAGCAACUUGUCCUUCAAGAUCUUGGUGUAGAAUGGGGACUCAUUGAUGAGUCAAAAAGAAAUAAGAAGUACAGAAAUCUGUCAGAACGUGGUGAUUAUUCUGAUUACAUAACCCAAAAGAAGAGCAUUGGAGGUGUCUGGAAAUCAGUUAAAAAGACUUUUGUUCCACAUGAAGAUCAGAAACUGAUCAGAUCAUUCAUUAAUGAGGUUGAACAAAAAUGUCUUGAGGCCAUUAAGAGCAAACCUGUUGCAACAAGAGGUUACAGGUCAACCUACUUGCAGGAACUUGCCAAAAAUAUCAAACAAAGAGUGACAGAGUUUGAAUCAUUAAACAAAUUUACAUUCAAGAAGGAGUUUACAGUUGACCUUUCACUGUAUGUGUUUGAUAGGGCAGAAGGUUGGCUCUUAAACGCCCACAAGAUCUACAGAGACAACAAUGAUGAACUGACUUAUUUGGACAACAAGAAAAAUGAGUACUACAACAUUUUCAGGAGCUUCUGCAAAGGAAGUUCAUCUACUGUGGUAUUUGGAGAAAUUAUUUGUGGAAAACUUAAAGUCUCUGCCGCUGAAGCCGUCUGUAACAAGACUGGAGUUGAUAUUGCUGGAGAGAUGAUGUGCAGUUUCCCAGCAUUCAGUGAGAACAGACUGAAUUUAGAGAAGCAUGUGUUGGCAUCUCUGGCAGAGAAAGAAGACUUUAGCAGAUUCACCACCUACAUCAGAAAUCCAAGAGCUCAAGUAGAGGCUUUCAUCAAAGAAGAAGUAAAGAAAUACAUGUUCACAACACAGAAAGUUAAAGCCCAGACUAUCCUUAAAAAAAAUGUAGAAGACAUCACCAGAGUCAUCAGUCAGGCUUUAUUUGAAGCAACAAAGCCUGAUGGAAAAGGAAACAUAGAAAUGUGGGUGGAGGAAUUUUCUAGUAAACUGAAGCCAAAGUUGACUCUUGACACCAUUAGUUGUCAAAACUUCAGCGACACAAACAAUUUUGAAUUUCUCAAAGAAGAGAUAGAGAAAGGCCUGAAAAGCAUCACAACAGAGAUGAGCAAACUCUCCCUGGAAAAAGUGAAUGACUGCAGGCAGAAGCCUGAUCAGAUCCUGAUUGAUCAGCUGUGCAACUGCUGCUGGGAAAGGUGUCCAUUCUGUGCCGCUGUUUGCACAAACACUUUGAAGGACCACAGUCCUGAGAAGCACAGUGUUCCUUUUCAUCGACCGUCUGGAGUCGAAGGUUGGCAUGUAAGAGGAACAGUUGAGCUGGUCAUUGAUUUCUGUACCACGUUAGUCGCAAGUGACAGACGCUUUUAUCCUAAUGCUGACUCGAAGGAGGCUGUUCCUUUUAAACAGUAUCCAACUGCAGGAGAAAAGUAUGCUUCUUGGAGCAUUACAGCUGAUGCCUCCAUGCUGCCCUACUGGAAAUGGUUCAUCUGCCACUUUCAAAAGCAAAUAGAAGACUACUAUAAUAUGAAAUUUCAGGGUAGUGGAGAAAUUCCUCAGCAAUGGAAAAACUUCAGUAAGAAGGAUGCCAUUGAAAGUCUGAAUGAAAUGUUUAGUUUGUGA